CACAACACAAACAAGCAAGUUAAUACAUCGGUCCUAAAACCCUAGUAGCUGUCGUGACCCCAGAGAGAGAGAAAGCAUGAGCAUCAUCGCAGGCUCCUACGAGAGAUUCAUAUGGGGUUUCAAGCUUAAACCCACAAAGCACGACGCCGACACUCAAACCCUAACCCUCUCCCCUCUCUUCUCCUACCCUUCCCACAUCUCCUCCAUCACCACCGUCGCUUGCUCCGGCCCCGCCGCUGCUUCCGGCGGCUCCGACGACACUAUCCACCUCUACGACCUCCCUUCCGCCUCCUCCCUCGGCUCCCUCCUCGACCACAACCACACCGCUUCGAUCACCGCCCUCUCCUUCUACACUCCCUCCUCCCUCUCCUUCCCUCGCAAUCUCAUCUCCGCCGCCGCCGAUGGCUCCGUGGCCAUCUUCGACACGGACCCUUUUGUCCUCCUCAAGUCCUUUCGUCCUCACAAGAAGGCUGUCAACGAUCUAUCGAUUCACCCUUCUGGGAAGCUCGCUUUGGCUGUUUACCGUGACGAGUGCUUUGCGAUGUUGAAUCUUGUGAGGGGGAAGAGGAGUUUUUGUUGUAGGUUGGGGCACGAGGCGAGUCUUGUGAAGUUUGAUCCGAGUGGGGAGAGGUUCUUCAUGGUGGUGAAUAGUAAAGUUGGUGUUCAUCAGAGUGAAGAUGCUAAGCUUCUUCUUGAGCUGGACAAUGGUAGCCGUAAGCGUAUACUCUGUGCUUCUCCUGGGGACAGUGGGACUCUGUUUACAGCUGGUGAGGAUAGGGCCAUAACAGCUUGGGACACAAAUAGCGGGAAGCUUGCUUAUUCCAUACAAGAUGCUCACCCAGCUCGGAUCAAGGGUGUCGUCACGCUUACUAGGAAUGAAAAUGACGGUGCGUCGGAAGAUCCGUACUUGGUUGCUUCUGCAUCUUCUGAUGGGAUCAUACGAGUUUGGGACAUGCGAAUGGCUGCUAAAGAGAAUGCAAAACCAUUAGCCGAGACAAACACUAAAUCAAGGCUUACUUGUCUUGCCGGGUCAGCUCUUAAAUCUAUGAGACGGCCACAGAUUGGAAAUCAAAAAGCUCAGAAGCUAGAGGAAGGGCUGAACACAGAAUGAGAGCUCUGCUUAUUGACUUCUAAAAGCUUUUGUGCUGACAACUAUCUGAUACAAGUUUUGCUAGAAUCUUAAAAUAUGAUCCAGUAUGUUUUUGUCGAAUUACAAUCAAACAAUUUUGUUAAACCCUCAGAUUUGUGAAAGAAACACAUACUUACUAUUUAUAAUUCACAUGAGUUAUGGCAUAA